AUGGCACAGCAGCAGAUGCCAAGUUCUCAGAAGGCACUAAUGCUUGAACUGAAGUCUCUCCAAGAGGAACCAGUGGAGGGUUUCCGCAUCACACCAGUAGAAGAGUCCGACUUGUACAACUGGGAGGUGGCCAUAUUUGGACCCCCCAAUACACUUUACGAGGGAGGAUACUUCAAGGUGAGGGAGGAUUUCCUCUGUCAUGUCUGUGGGCAGUACACCUAAUCCGGAACCUAUAGCUAACUCUAGUCUAGAGCAUAGCAAGUAUAUCAAUAAAAUAACGAGAAUCCAAACAGUACUUCUAGCAUAUACUAACACACUUUUUUUUGUUAUAUUUAUAUGUAGACAAUAACGGUACCCCUGCCUAGAGAGCAGUGUUUCCCAAACUUGGCAUACCACUUGUAGCCUUUCCAUAGUUUUAUUGACCAUAUAAAUAAACAUUGCAAUAUUUUGUUACAACUGAGGCUUAAGCUGUCACCCAGGAGGAACUUGCCACCACCCUCAAGUGUGUGUCGAUAUGUAACACACUAUUUGUGAAAAGCCAGAUUAUUCCUUCCCUCACACAUCACUGACUCUCUCUCUAAUUUCCCAGGCACACAUUAAGUUUCCAGUUGACUACCCCUACUCUCCACCUACUUUCCGUUUCCUCACAAAGAUGUGGCACCCCAACAUAUAUGAGGUGAUGUAUACCACAUUGUAUGUUUGUGUCUUGAUUUUAUGUGAUUAUAUGCGUUUAUGGGGAAUUGUUGGUCUUGCUGUGGAGUGUAACUUGUUGCUUGUCUACAGAAUGGGGAAGUGUGUAUCUCCAUCCUUCACCCCCCUGUUGACGACCCCCAGAGCGGAGAGCUCCCCUCUGAGAGAUGGAACCCCACCCAGAAUGUCAGGUAAAACACCUGGCAACACCUGGGCUGCGUUCAGGAUGAAAGAAACCUAGCAAACGUUAGUGAACAGACACAGCCCUGUUCUGAAUGACCUGUUGACAAACGUAAUGAUGGUUGCUCAACUGUCUGGUGGCUCAACUGUCUUUCAUAAAAUACAUUACUUGCUGCUUGGGGUCAUCCACAAAGGUCAGAGGUCUCAUUCACUAAAUGGGAGCAAUUAUAGAGCUCGCCAGCUUGUAGUCCUAAAAAAUGGAAAUGAGUUGGUAUUUUCUCCCUCUGGAUUGUUGGAGAUUGCUAUGGGGAAAAUAAUGGCGUUUUGGGAUAUACGCCGAAAAUAAGGUCAGAGGUCAACAUAGGAGAUCUAAUAUGUUUUGUUCUAUGAGAUAUCAAUCAGUUAACAUUAGGUUUAUGCAUUAUAAAGUGCUCAAAAUAAGUCAGUUGCUAAUGAGUCGCUAACUGUCAGAGAAAUGGAACUACAACAUUAGUCGCAACAUUUUUCACAUCACUACGCCGACCACGCAAACUAGUCUACGCUACAGUUCUCCAAAAAGCUAGUUAGCUCAGUUAGCUUUCUGUUUACCAGCUCGAACAGAAGCGCAAGGAUGGUAUAUUGUUUUGCUCCAGGCUGCAACCAUAUCUCUUCAGCAGGAAUGUGCUUGUUUUAUUGGUUCCCGAACGAUGUUGGAGACUUUGGGUCCAUCUGAUAAGGUAAGCUAAGCCUGUUGGCUAGACGUCAAAGGCAUGCGACCUGAGGUGUAGUUUUAUUUUUGAAGAUGUUUUGAUUAGAUACAGUGCAUUCGGUAAGUAUUCAGACCCCUUGACUUUGUCCCCAUUUAGUUACGUUACACCCUUAUUCUAAAAUGGAUGAUAUGUUUUCCUCAUCAAUCUACACACAAUACCCCAUAAUGACAAGCAAAAACAGGUUUUUAUUAAUUUUUGCAAUUUUAUAUAUUAAAAAAAAAAGAUACCUUAUUUACAUAAGUAUUCAGAGCCUUUGCUAUGAGACUCGAAAUUGAGCUCAGGUGCAUCCUGUUUCAUUGAUCAUACUUGAGAUAUUUCUACGACUUGAUUGGAGUCCAUCUGUGGUAAAUUCAAUUGAUUGGACAUGAUUUGGAAAGGCACACACCGGUCUAUAUAACGUCCCACAGUUGACAGUGUAUGUCAGAGCAAAAACCAAGCCAUGAGGUCGAAGGAAGUGUCCGUAGAGCUCCGAGACAGGUUUGUGUCGAGGCACAGAUCUUGGGAAGGGUACCAAAAAAUGUCUGCAACACAUUGGCCUCCGUCAUUCUUAAAUGGAAGAAGUUUGGACCCACCAAAACUCUUCCUAGAGCUGGCCGCCCGGCCAAACUGAGCAAUCGGGGGAGAAGGGCCUUGGUCAGGGAAGUGACCAAUAACCCAAUGGUCACUCUGACAGAGCUCCAGAGUUCCCCUGUGGAGAUGGGAGAACCUUCCAGGACAACCAUCUCUGCAGCAUUCCACCAUUCAGGCUUUUAUGGUAGAGUGGCCAGAUGGAAGCCACUCCUCACUCAGUAAAAGGCGAAUGACAGCCCGCUUGGAGUUCUUCAAAAGGCAUCUAAAGACUCUCAGACCAUGAGAAACGAGAUUCUCUGGUCUGAUGAAACCUAGAUUAAACUCUUUGGCCUGAAUGCCAAGCGUCACGUCUGGAGGAAACCUGGCACCAUCCCUACGGUGAAGCAUGGUGGUGCCAGCAACAUGCUGUGGGGAUUAUUUUCAGCGGCAGGGGAGACUAGUCAAGAUCGAGGGAAAGAUGAACGGAGCAAAGUACAGAGAUCCCUGAUGAAAACCUGCUCCAGAGCUCGCAGGACCUCCGACUGGGGAGAAGGUUCACCUUCCAACAGGACAACGACCCUAAGCACAAAGCCAAGACAAUGCAGGAGUGGCUUCGGGACAAGUCUCUGAAUGUCCUUGAGUUGCCCAGCCAGAUCCCGGACUUGAACCCGAUCGAACAUCUCUGGAGAGACCUGAAAAUAGCUGUGCAGCAACGCUCCCUAGCCUGACAGAACUUCAGAAUGGGAGAAACUCCCCAAAUACAGGUGUGCCAAGCUUGUAGCGUCAUACCCAAGAAUACUUGAGGAUGUAAUUGCCGCCAAAGGUGCUUCAACAAAGUAUUGAGUAAAGGGUCUUAAUACUUAUGUAAAUGUGAUAUUUCAGUUUUUUAUUUUUAAUACUUUUGCAAAAAUGUAUAAAAACCUGUUUUUUCUUUGUCAUUAUGGGGCAUUGUGUGUAGAUUGUUGAGGGGAAAAAAACUUUUUCAUCCACUUUAGAAUGAGGCUGUAAUGUAACAAAAUGUUGAAAAAGUAAAGGGGUCUGAAAACCUUCCGUAUGCACCGUAUACCUAAAAGUUGAAGAAUGGUGCGCAACAUUUCGGGAGAAUGUGUCUUUCAGUACGUACUGUUGUAAAACUUAGCUAAAUGUUUCAUCAACUGAAUGUACCUGUAACGUGCCUAGUGAACACGGCCCAGAUGUACUCACCUGUGACCUUACCUGUGCACUGUUUGUAUCUGCAUGUUUGUAUAUGAAUAUGUCUGUGUUCAGGACCAUCCUACUGAGUGUGAUCUCUCUGCUGAAUGAGCCCAACACCUUCUCCCCGGCCAAUGUCGAUGCCUCUGUUAUGUUCCGCAAAUGGAGAGAGAGCAAGGGCAAGGACAAAGAGUAUGCCGAGAUCAUCAGGUACUUAAAAUUAUCUCUUUAACACACAAUGAAAAACAAUGUGCUCCUUUACACACAUACGACUAAACAUGCAAAUUCAGUACAAUCAAUCACUUCAUUUUUCUACCUGGAACCUUUCUCUCUUUCACUCGUGUCUGUCUGUCUGACAUUGUAUUUACUGUCUGUUGUGCUCUCUCCCUCUCUUUAUUUUUCUCUCUCUCCCGCUGUCUUUGUCUCCCUCUUUCUCUCAGGAAGCAGGUAGUGUCCACUAAAGUAGAGGCGGAGCGGGACGGGGUGAAGGUCCCUACCACGCUGGCAGAGUAUUGCAUCCAGACCAAAGUGCCUUCCCACGACAGCAGCUCGGACUUGCUGUACGACGACCUCUACGAUGAUGACAUUGAGGAGGAGGAGGAGGAAGACGACGAUGAUGCAGAAGCAGGGGGUGGGGCUGGGGGCCAGAUGGCCGGAGAGGGGGGGGACUGCUUAAAUGAUGAGGAAGACUCGGGCAAUGAAGAGUCAUGA